AUGCAGCUUGCGGAGUCACGCUCAAUUGAACCGUCAACGAUCCCGGAUAUUAAUGAUUUAUUAACAAAAUUCCUUCAACAGUUCCCAUUACUAUAUACAAAAAGACAUAAUGUUCAAUCCGUGCAUAGUAUUGCGCAUAUUGGAGCAACAGUACAAGAUUUUGGUCAGUUAUCCAACUAUUCAACAUUUAAUUUUCAAAGCCUUUUAGGAAUUUCAUCCUCAUUUGAAACAUUAUUUAGAAAAUAUCCAAGCAAACAAACGAUCUCCAAUAAAUGA